AUAUAUAUAUAUAGGGCUGAAAAAGAAGGGGAGGGGGCCAAAGGCAAAGGAAGUCCGCAUCUCUGUCUCUGCAUCUCCUGCACCGAGACCGGAGAGGAUCAUGCAACACCUUCAACCGUGGAGAGCUCUGCUCCUCUUCACCGUGCUGUGGCAGCCCGGCAGCUCAGACAAAUACGGUUGUCUGUUUGAGGCAACACUGUGCUCAAGGGAUGAGUUUUGCUCCCACGAUGGGCUGUUUGGUCAGUGCCAUACCUCGAAGCAGAACCAGGUGCGGUAUCAGGUGACAGUUCCUGUUCUGAAAAGGAUGCAGGAAGUCCUUAAACAGCUAAUGCUACAAGGGCUGUCGUGGCAGGAUGACUUCACCCAGGCCAUUUUAGCAAAGGAGCUGAAGAGAGUCCCCCACACCACCGUCUCCUCUAAGACUAACUCCCCGUCUUCCACUCCCCAUUCAUCCCAUUCUAAACAGCAGGUCCCCAGUUACCACAGCUCAAAGUCGGGGUCUGCCUCUCCGGGGGGCAACUAUUUGGACUACAUGAUCGUUGAGCCUCCUCAGUCACAGAUGCUCAUGCAGACGGCCUCCAUGGACCCAUAUGCGUACCCCCAGCACAGGUUCCCAGAUGAAGAGAGAUCUCUGAUAGGCAUCGGAGGAAACUACGGCCGCCCCUACUCCAGGUCCCAGGCCAAUCAGAGGGAACGAGAGCGUGACAGACAGCUGCUACAGGAAGCCUUGUCCAAGUACCUGACAUCUGCACAGCCCUUGUAUCGCCACAGAGGACCGGCCUCCAUGGUUCCUGCAGAUCUGCCGUAUUAUGAGGACAUGGUGCUGGAGGUUCCAGUGGACUAUGUAAAGGACUAUACCCUAGAGGAGAGACUUGGUACUGCAGGCAGACAGCAAAUGCCGCAAAACAAGAAAGUUGUUCAGGACUACAGCUCACUGUCUAAUAACAACGAUGAUUUACUCCAGAGGAUGUCAGGAGUCCUGCAGAGAUAUGGAGUGGACCCCAGAGCCCUCAGUCAGGAGCAGCUCUACAAGCUGGCCCUGACGUUGCAGCUGCCGCAGACCCAAGACAAGAUAGAUCCAAUGGAGAAAGACCUCCUCAUCCUCAAAGAGAUGCAACUGCUGAAAACAGAUGGAGGGUCAAAUAAACCACAGAGGCCGGCGUCUGUGCCUCCUGCUGCCUCACCCCCACCCUCCCCUGAUGCAGUCCGAGCAACACCCCCGGUUAAAGGCACCAGCACUCCACCCUCUGCCCCCCAGACUCCUCAGGCUGCUCCUGCAGAAGCUGGAGUAGUCUUGAAGGAGCAUGAGCCGCCGUUGGUGGAGGGUACAGGAUCCAAGGAGGAGUACGGUUACAUUUUCACCAAUGACAGUUCCCUGACUCUCAUCGAUGGAGUGAAGCUGUUGGAACUGCUGGCUGAUAAGAUUCACCUGACAACCCGCAGCUUCAUCAACAUCAGUGUUGUGGGCCCUGCACUUACAUUCCGCAUGCGCCAGAAUGAAAACAAUAUGACGGCUGCAGACAUGGCUGCUAAAGCUGCAUCUGAGAAAAACUUCCUGGAGGCUCAGACAGGCAUGAAGAUUUUACAGACUGGCGUGGGAGAGAGGAUAGAUGCACGGGGUCUCCCUCAAGUGACCAAAGUGUCCCAGGGCUCCAGUGGGACAGUCAUCACUCUAAUUUGCAUGGCCGUUGUGGGUGGUGUUCUGGUGUUGGUCAUGGCUGUGGUGUGUAUGAAACACUACACACAGCAGGUGGCAAAUGAGAAACUUGGGCUGGGGCCAGAGGGAGGGACUGAAACCCACUUUGACUACCAGGAGCUGUGUCGGCAGCACAUGGCGUCCAAAACCUCCCUGUGCCGUCAGGACUGUGUGGGUGGAGGCAGCGGCACCAUAGCGGGCACUGCCAUAGGUGCUGGGGGUCGACGUGGGACGGACACGUCACGUGUCAGCAGCGUUUCUUCACAAUUUAGUGACGGCCCCCAACAUAGCCCAUCCUCAACCCACAGCUCUACUCCAUCCUGGAGUGAAGAGCCCGCCCAGUCCAAUAUGGACAUUUCUACUGGUCACAUGAUACUGGCCUAUAUGGAAGACCACCUGCGUAACAAGGAUCGCCUUCAGAAGGAGUGGGAGGCGUUGUGCUCCUACCAGGCUGAACCCAGCUCAAUCACUGUGGCUCAAGACCCAGUCAACAUGGACAAAAACAGACACGCCGAGUGUCUCCCCUAUGAUCACUCUCGGGUGAAGCUAAAGACUGAGGCCAAUCCAAAUAAACACGACUACGUCAACGCCAGCAGCAUUUUUGAUCAUGACCCACGCCAACCAGCCUAUAUUGCCACACAAGGGCCUCUGCCUCACACGGUCACUGAUUUCUGGCAGAUGGUGUGGGAAAACGGCUGCACAGUGAUCGUGAUGAUGUCAGCGCUGGUGGAAGAUGGAGAGAAGCAGUGUGAGCGAUACUGGCCUGAUGAAGGAUCAUCACUCUACCACAUCUAUGAGGUGAACCUGGUGUCUGAACACAUCUGGUGCAAAGAUUUCCUGGUUCGCAGCUUCUACCUAAAGAACGUCCAGACACAGGAGACCAGGACUGUGACACAGUUUCACCUGCUGAGCUGGCCGGCUGACGGCAUCCCCACCUCCACACGACCAUUGCUCGACUUCCGCAGAAAGGUGAAUAAAUGCUACAGAGGUCGUUCCUGCCCGAUCAUCGUUCACUGCAGUGACGGCACUGGCAGGACUGGUACCUAUAUCCUCAUUGAUAUGGGGCUGAACCGCAUGGCCAAAGGAGUGAAGGAGAUUGACAUUGCAGCCACGCUGGAGCACAUUAGAGACCAGAGACCUGGUCUGGUUCACACCAAGGACCAGUUUGAGUUUGCUCUAACAGCAGUGGCUGAGGAAGUGAACGCCAUCUUAAAAGCGCUGCCACAGUGAAGUGUAGCAGCUGAAGACACACUGAGGACAGACAAGAAGAGGACACAGUGCACAUGGACACACUGUCAAAACCCAGUCAUUUAUGUUUGACCAUCACUGUAAAUAAGAACUUGCUGUCUCCACACUUGCCUUUUUAAGCAUGCAGGAUUUUAACAUCGCCUCAAUGUCUGGGUUUUGGAACAUUUUGAAGCAUUUCGUGGAAGAUGAAUUAAAUUACAUGUAAAUAUCAGGGAGUGGGUUUUGCAUAAUAACAGCACAAACUUGGUAUGUUCUUCUCUUAAAAAAAGAAAAAAAGAUAAUAGACCACAACAAGGCUGUUUUCUCAAAGAGGGAGAAUGUG